AUGAAACCUCCGUCGGUCAUUACCAUAUCAGCUGAUGUGGGUUUGCUGCUGAAGAGGACACCCGACGCCGAAGACAGCAUGAUGGAUGAAGACUACUGCGGGAGAACGGCCCCGGAGGAGCAUGACUGGUGUCAGUUCGACUCCAUCAACACCUCAACGAUGACUUGUGUCUGUGAUCAUGCGAGUUUCGACGACCUCCUCAUGUUCGAUGGAUGUUCACCAAACUCCAGCAUGUGCUGUUUCGAUGGUUGCCACGACGACAUGGUGGAUGAAGAUUGUGUGACGCCCCUGCAGAAUAUGUACGGCUCGUGCGCCUCGAUCCUCUCUGCCCAAGAAACUCCCCGUGCGAGUCAGAUCGGGCAGGAGGAGGAGGAAAGGAAUUACCACAAGGCAGAGUGUAGCCUAGAGAAGCUAGCGUACUCCAGGAUGCUCAGGUUGCAGCUGUACAGCAGCAUAGAGUCGAAGAUCUCACAGCUGGAGGUGGACAUGCAGGCAGAGAAGGACAGGCAAAGAACAGACCUCGAGUACAAGAUCUGCAAUCACAGCAGCAUCCAGAAGUACUACCUCAACAGCGUGCAGCAGGGGGUUGAUGACCUCUUGUCCUCGCAGACAGAGAGGAUGAACGUGUACGAGGGGAUAGGCCGCAGGAUCGAAGAGCUGCAGAGGGAGCUGCACAGGAGAAACUUCCCUCCUCUCAGGAAGAAGUAUAGGAGAUUCACUACCUUCACACGCCUCGUCCAAGGGGAGGACGCGAGGUUGGCGCACGAGCAGCAGCAGAUUUCUAUCUUGGACGAGGAGGAGGAGGAGUAUGACUACUGCUUGCAAGGAUACGCGUGA